GCUAGAGCCCGAGCGCAGGCGCAGCCCGAGCCCGAGCCGCGCCGCCCGGCCGCUCUGCCUUCCCCGCUGCUCUGCCCCGUUCCCCCAGCCACAGUCGGCUCGUCUCGCGGCCCCGCGCCCGCCCCCGCGGUCCCUCUGCUCAAUGAAAUUGGCCGCGAUGAUCAAGAAGAUGUGCCAGAGCGACUCGGAACUCAGUAUUCCGGCCAAGAACUGCUACCGCAUGGUGGUCCUCGGCUCGUCCAAGGUGGGCAAGACGGCCAUCGUGUCGCGCUUCCUCACGGGCCGCUUCGAGGACGCCUACACGCCCACCAUCGAGGACUUCCACCGCAAGUUCUACUGCAUCCGCGGCGAGAUCUACCAGCUCGACAUCCUCGACACGUCCGGCAACCACCCCUUCCCCGCCAUGCGGCGCCUCUCCAUCCUCACUGGAGACGUGUUCAUCCUGGUGUUCAGCCUGGACAACCGCGACUCCUUCGAGGAGGUGCAGAGGCUCAAGCGGCAGAUCCUCGACACCAAGUCUUGCCUCAAGAACAAAACCAAGGAGAACGUGGACGUGCCCCUGGUCAUCUGUGGCAACAAAGGGGACCGGGACUUCUACCGCGAGGUGGAACAGCGCGAGAUCGAGCAGCUGGUGGGCGCCGACCCCCAGCGCUGCGCCUACUUCGAGAUCUCGGCCAAGAGGAACAGCCGCCUGGACCAGAUGUUCCACGCGCUCUUCGCCAUGGCCAACCUGCCGCGCGAGAUGAGCCCGGACCUGCACCGCCGGGUAUCGGCGCAGCACUGCGAGGCGCUACACAAGAAGGCGCUGCGGGGCAAGAGGCUGCGGCGAGCGGGCGGCGACCAGGACGACGCCUUCGGCAUCUUGGCGCCCUGGGCGCGCAGGCCGAGCGUGCACAGCGAUCUCAUGUACAUCCGCGAGAAGGCCAGCGGCGGCGGCCAGACCAAGGACAAGGAACGCUGCGUUAUCAGCUAGGAACUCCCGCCCCGCGCGGACGCAGAACCUCCGGAGGCCCUCUUGUCCAAGAGUCAAGUGUCCGGGCCGUGCGUCCCGAGCCGCGUGCGCGUGCGCGCGCGGACGGGAGUCUUCCUUCCCAGCGCUCCAGCCUAUUCACUGGGGAGACUCAAAGAAACCGAGAAG